CGAAACUAUUUGGCAAAGUGAGAAUGGUCUAUCUGAAGUUUUAGGAAUUAGAAAUGAAAUCCAAGAGAUUACAUUAAAAAUAUGUCCAAAAGCAGUUUGAUGACUAAGAUGCGCAUUUUCUAUCAUUUCUGAAAUCUGGACUUUCAAAGUUCAUCUGAAAAGCAGGAAGGUUAUUUGAGAAUUCUCUUCUUUCAGCUGAAUCAAACUCAAACCACUUUGUUCCUGAUUUUCUUCUCUUUCCUCACAAUUCUUGAAUCACUCUCGUUUAUAUCUUUCGAAUUGUUAACAAUACACCACAAAUCUCUCUAACUUCUGCAUGUAUUUAUCCAAUUUUCGCAUGAUUUGAGUCCCGCUUUACUCUAUCAGAUCUCUAAUGGCGUCCUCCGCCAAGGUUGAAUCUAACGGAGAAGACGAAGCCCUGGAAGACGAGGAGGUUGAACACUUUGAUGAUUUUACCAUAGCGUCAACUUGGGAAAGAUUCAUAUCUGAAAUAGAGGCAGUUUGUCGACAAUGGAUGGCCGAUGGUCCAAAUAAUUUGUUGAAAAAGGGUUCAACUCAGUUAGAAAUCUCAACUAACCUGUAUAAGGUUAAAUCUGAUCUUAAGUGUGAUAAUAAAAACUAUUCGAUGGAAUACUACUUUGGAAAUAGCAAUCAUGGCAAAGUUGUGGACUGGGAAUUAAGCUUGCAUGAAAUACAGUUAUGCUUUGGGGUACAAGAGUUUUUGGUGAUUGCUCCUCAAAGUAUUAGUGGUGUGAUUCUCGAUUCACCUGAGGCCAGCAAGCUUUUAAGUGCAGUUGCAAUUGCAUUGACAAACUGUUCCAGUUUUUGGCCAGCUUUUGUUCCAGUGCACGAUCCAUCUCGGAAAGCAUACAUCGGUAUCCAAAAUAUGGGAACAACUUUUACUAGGAGAUUCGAAGCAGAUCGCGUUGGGACCCAAGUGCCAAUAAAACUUAUGCAUUUGGAAGGAUUAUAUGAAUUGUUUGUUUCAAAGUUUGCCUACUCCUCAGCGGACAUUCCUACGAAUUUCUUCAAAGUCCAUUUUACUAUGAAGCUUACCUUCAGAAUCCUCCUAUCUGAUGAUGAUGACAUCCGCAGAGCUGAUGCUGACACGAUAGAAUCAGUGCAAGAAAAUGCCAUUGGUACUCACGGGAAAGUGCAAUGGGAUGAUGACUGUCCAUGGACUGAGUGGUAUUCCUUAGAAGAUCCUGUGAAAGGAUUUGAACUGAUUGCCUCAUGGUCAGAGAAGAUGGUUGAGAGCUCCUUGGAAAUGGCUGAGUUGGAAAAUUCUUCACCUCAUGAAGCUAAGAAAUGGAUUUUGUUUCCAAUUCUAUCACCGAAUAUAACUGAUAACACCAUCGGAAACAGAGUCGGAUUUUCUUCUCAGCUGUAUCUUCUAAUUGAUGCAUUAGAUAUGUCCUUCCAAGCUCAAUUUAUGGAAGAUUUCGUCUCAGUUGAGAACCCAGGUUCGGAUAAUCUAAAGUCUUCUACGGUAGUACCUCCACCCACCGUCAUCGAUCGUGUACUUAAAGAACUCUUUCACGAAGGAAAAAAAUCCCCUUAUUUUGCCAAGGGUGAGCAUAGAAAUUCUCAAGCAAUUAAAGCUGCACCUGUCGAUUCUCUUUUUGCACAGUUUUGUUUACAUGUUCUAUGGUUUGGAAACUGCAAUAUACGUGCAAUAGCUACGCUCUGGGUUGAGUUUGUUAGAGAAGUCAGAUGGUGUUGGGAGGAGGUUCAACCAUUGCCACGGAUUCCAGUUAGCAGUUCGAUUGACCUUUCUACUUGUUUAAUAAAUCAAAAGCUGCAGAUGGCCAAAGGUGUUGGGAUAGUUUGGCGAUCAUGGAUACAAGGUUGCAUCUCUAGUGCCAAUUUCUCUAUCAUUAUUAAUGGCAGACCUCUGGAUAAGAUUAUCCCUUCUCGUGGAAUAAGCUGGCUAUAUGCAUCGAGAGGAAGCAUCAAUCUAUUGAGGAGUUUCAGGAUUGUCUUGGGAGCCAGGAUCCUGAAUCUCCUCGUGAUGAGGAUGAUGGUCCAGUUUCCGAGGACUUUUCCAUUAUGCAGAUGCCUGGUGAAAAUUUUGAUGGGAAAUCUGACAGAUUCAAUGAGACGAGGUUCAGCAGGCAUAGUAGGAAACAUGAUGCUUCUCAAUUCAUACCAGAGUAUGCAUGCUCCAUUCACACAGGAUGUACCACUUAUGACAGAGGACAUGCAUGAAGAAAGACUCCAAGCUGUGGAGGCCUUUGGCGAUUCAUUUGACUUUUCUGCUCAGUUGGAGAAAGAUAUCCUAUCUUCAGAUAUGUCAGCAUUUAAAGCAGCGAAUCCUGAUGGUGUCUUUGAAGAUUUUAUUCGGUGGCAUUCACCUGGGGAUUGGGAGGAGGAUUCUGGUCCGGAGGACGAGGAUUUACCCCAUGGCUCAGCAACAGAAACUUCCAAAAACAACUGGCCUCCUCGAGGGCAUCUUUCAAAACGAAUGUCUGAGCAUGGAAAUUUAUGGCGACAACUAUGGAAUGAUGCACCUGCCUUGCCUGUUUCUGAACAGAAGUCGCUGCUGGAUCCAAAUAGAGAAGGGGAAAAGAUUCUCCACUAUCUGGAGACAUUACGACCACAUCAAUUACUGGAGCAAAUGGUCUGCACUGCCUUUAAUGCUGCAGCUGAUACGUUAAGCCAGACUAGUUAUGGAGGACUGAAACUGAUGAAAACAAAAAUGGAGCAACUUUACUGUACUAUGGCGUCUGUUUUGAAGUUCUUGCAAGGAAAUCGUUUGUCUGCUGAGAGUGAGGUUAUUGAUGACCUAAGACGUCUAUGUGUUGUUUUUGAACAUGUGGAGAAGUUGAUGGCUCUUGCAGCUUCUCUCUAUCGUAAAUUGUCACAGGCACCACGUCUGUCUGAAAUGAUUUUCAAAGACUACUACGACUUUUACCUGCCAAGAAUGGGAACUGGCUCGUCAGGCAGCAAAUUUGGAACGGAGUUUAACAAGAAGCAGCUCGUAAGAAACCAUGAAAGAGGAGUGAUAUCAAGCAUGUUCACUCCUCCAACAGCCAGUCAAUCAUGGAGGAAGGUUUUGAGCAUGGGUAACCUUUUCAAUGGCCACGAACCAAUCCUCAGGGAGAUCGUCUUUUCAUUGCGAGAUCGUGUCAAUGGAAACCAUUAUGCAGAUUCUACUCCUACGGCUCGAGAAGAAGAAAUAGACACACAUCGAAUGUACAUAAACGGUACUUCUAACGAUCUCCGCGUAGCUCUCUCUGUUACUUCAUGUGAUUAAAUCUCCUCUGUUAAAAAAAAAAAAAAAGAAGGUAAUUUCAGCACAUAGUUAUAUAGUUAUAUUAUUUAUUGAUCGAUUUCAAUGUCACAACCUUUUAGGUUUUUCCUCAUUGAUCAUAUAGUUUUCACCAAAUCCUUGAAAGAGUAGAGCUGUAUUUGCACUUUGGCACAACAUUUUUGUGUGUGCAUGUGUGAAUAAAUAAAGUAGCUUUAGUUAGA